AUGGCUGCUUAUUUGGCAUUUCAUAUAUGGCUGGACAGGAAUAGACGCUUGUUUGAGGGGCGAGGGUCGGCCCCGAGGUUUGUGGUGGACAGAGCUAUAACACAGGCGGCGGAGGUCUUCUCGAUUACUUCAUUGAGUUCAUCUUUACUGGCUAGGGAUAUCUGGGGUACCUCUCUUGCUGCUGCAGCGACUGGAGCUUCUGGAGGAGUGGGCUUUGUUAUCAGGGACCAGUACGAUAGGUUGAUUGCAGCUGGUGGUCGGAGCACGCCAGGAUUGACGGUUGUUGGGGCAGAGCUACGAGCUGCCUGGGAGGGUAUCCGAUACGCGAGGUGUGUGCUGGGGGCCGACAGACUAUGCAUUGAGGGAGACUCUGCUACUGUGAUUGACUGGAUACGGGGAGUGGAUAGAUAUGGUGAUGGUCAUCCCUUGAUUCGGGAUACACGCAGACUAGUUCAGGAGUUAUUAGCUGUUCGGAUUGGUCAUGUAUAUCGUGAGGUGAACCGAGCUGCAGACUGGGUCGCCUCAUAUGUUGCUCGUCAUUCCGGAGAGGUCAUCUGGACCAGCCUGGCAGCCGUUCCCCAUUUGCUGCACUGUCUUUUGUCUUCUGAUCUGGCAGGAUGUACUCAAUCUUGA